AGAAAGGAGAAGGGAAGGAAGGAAGGAAAAAGAGAAAGAAAGCUGGAAGGAAGGAAGGAAGGAAGGAAAAGAGAAAAGGAAGGAAGGACAAGGGGAAGGAAGGAAGGAAAGAUAGAUGGACUUUGAGGAGAGAUUUUGGGAAGAUUUGAGACUUGGGGAUAAGGUAUAUUUAGAGAGAGAGAGAGAGAGAGAAGGGGGAGUUAGGGUUUAGGGAGAUCAGAUCAGAGUUCUGGGUUUCCCUUGGAAAGGGAGAUUAAACUGUUUCCACCCUUUAAUGGACGAUCCACUCAAUUUUGCAUCUCUUUUUGAAUCCCACAGACCAGGAUGGCCAACAGUGAGAAAAGGGAAGAGACGUUUGUGGACCACCUCCACCCCAUUUUAUGGCUACUGUACAACAGUGUCUUUCCUCCAUUUUCCCAAAGGGCAGGGAGGGGAGAAACAACUUUGUGGGCUCUCAGAAGCUAUGCAGUCCAAGAUGGGGAAAAUGUCCUGCAGCCUUUAGAUUAGUGCUGGAAUCUCCUCCUUUGGAGGUUUUUAAACAAAGGCUGGAAGGCCAUCUGUCAGAUUUUGAUAUCCAUAGGGGUCCUGGAACUAUACCCCAGCAGAAACCAAGGGCCCACUGUAUGUAGGUUCAUGCUAGAUAAAGGGUCCUUUGCUGUAAAAUGAGGGAUACCAUAAAGGGAAAAAAAGUGUUGAAUAAGGAGUCCCUAGGCUUGCAAGAGAGACCAAGCAAGGUCAGAGUAGCUCCAAUACUGAGUUUCAGAGAGAGAGGAUUUUGGUUUGGAUGCAAAGUAUCUCCAUAGUUGCAUCCCACAGCAGGAAUGUGUGUUUGUGGAUGGCAGACAGUGUUUGAAUGAAUUGGAAAUUGAGAACUGUUGCUCUCUUUCCAAAUUCUGGAGUUAUGGUUUCCCUAAAACAACUGGGGUUAUGGUUCCCUCCAACACAGGCAAUGGUAAGGGAUUGUGGGAACUAAGGUCUGAAAUAUUGGGCUCAAGGGCAAAUGUUCCCCAUUGUUGGUGUAGGUGAGCCACUGGUGCUUCGCUCGAAGGGAUGCUGUAUCCUUAACAAUGGUAUAGAUCAGCCUUUCUCAAUCUUUUUUUCCCCCUUAACGGGUGCCUUGAAAAGUUCUCAGGGAACUCCUGCAUAAAAAUUAUUCCAUCUGCAGCUCAGAACGAUGUGCCUACACUUGCAGAAUCACUGGCAAACUCUUGUAGAACACUAAGUUUCCAGGGAACUCAGGUUAAACCCUGUUAUAGGUUAUUAUGAGAUCCGUGAUGGUACCAACUUACUUGUGACUUAUUACAUCCCUACAAGGAAGUUCUUUGAAAUGUGCUCCCAAUAUGAUACAUCCUCUAUUUUGUGACUCCCAUCAGUCUACCCUUGUUUAGUGUUUAGUCAAUUUCAGAAGAAAGACCUGGGCAGCCCUACCAUAAGGCAAAGUGGGACAGCUACCUUGGGCAGUGCUGAAGUAAGGUUCAGGGAGUUGUAGUCCAGAAAAUACCUUUUCUAAACCCUGGAUUAGAUGGACUUUUUUAUUUGAUUCAUGCUAUGUUGUGUCAGUGCAAACAGCACUUUCAACAGCACCCAGAAAUUUUGUGGGACAGUAAUGUCAACCAGGAAAAGACCCAUGUCCAAGCUAUGGAGCAUAUGAAGCACUGAGAGGUGAUCUCAUCUUUUCUCCAAAAGUUGACCUCCUGGCCUUAAAGCUCCUGUUUCAAGACCUUACCUUCAGAAUGAAACACCUAGAGAAAAGAAAGACUUUGGUCUUUCAUGGACUAGCUUUAGACAGCUUGCCUACCCCAAGUAGUGGUGGGACUUCAACUUUCAUCAGCCAUAACCAGCAUACAGAAGGGUGAGGGGUGACGAGAAUUGUAGCUUAGCAACUCUGGAAGUCCACAAGUUGCGCAGUCUUGAUUCAGGUGCUCCCCUGCUCCUAGCAUCCUCAGUAAGUUUGCAUACAUGGGAUUCUGGAAUCUGUUCUUUAGAUUAAAGAUUCAGCAUUCUUGAAGCAGUAAAAAUUUCUUGAUAUAUGAAAAAUCUCUGCCACUGUAGAUUGGUGGGUAUUGGCAAAGUAUUGAUUUGUCUAAGAAAUGUCUUGUGGUUGUAUGUUGGUGCAGGACUGACCUGAAAAGGUACCCCUUUGUGGACUAUCUGAGUUCCCAAACUACAGUAGUAUUGAUCACAGGCUGAGAUGAACACCUUGGAGUACCAGCUGCUGAGACAGAAGAGCAGAAAGCUGUUACCUCAAGCCCUACUUGUGAGGUUUUAGAUCAGUGGUGAGACUUGUGCAACCCUCUAGAUGUUGCAUUGCAACACCCAGCAUUCUUUGUUAUUGUCUAUACAAGCUAGGGCUGCAGGGAGCUCCAGUGCAGAAACACCUGAAGGGCCACACAAUUCCUGUCCUUGUAGAAGCUGCCUUGAAAAAAAACUGAAAUUCUUUGCCUAUUUUCUACAGUAAUUUUCUACUUUGACAGGAUCUUAGAAAAGUUACUCUUCAGACCACAACUCCCAGAAUUGCCUAGCCUAUGUAGGGGAAAGUACUGGCCUUUCUUGUUUCACGGUCCUUCUGAUUGUUAGAGGCUGGAGAUUACAUGGGGAUGGAGGAAUUUUGGAGGGGAGGGGGGAGGUCGAUUUUUGAUGUUGGGUGGGGACUCCUGGACCCUUCAAAGACUGAUUUAGGACCAACAACCAAGAGAUUCCCUUUCUAGGAAGUGCCAGCUUUGACCCAGAACCUUCUAAAUUCAAAGCAUAUGCUCUACCCUUGAGUUACUUCAGAAUCUCUUUUCCCCACCAUCUUAAAAGAAAUGGACAAUAGCAAGCUGCCUAUGGCAGGUCAGAGUAUUUCACGCUCUUGCUCAGUAGUGUUUUAUUUUUAAGUAGCAGCAGAUCUUCUUCAGAUAGCUACUGUUCACAUCAUCUACUGGGAACUAGAGAUGGGAAAAGUCCUAUUCCUCAGGAAUCCUUUUGUUGGCAGUAGGAUUGGCAGGUGAUCCACCUUCUCGUGUUGGGCUGUUUCACCCCCAGUCUGGUUGACAGAGACUGGGCACCGCACCGAGGGUAUCUUUCAAUUAAUCUGAGUCUCCACAAGCCAUUCCACUUGUUGACAAGCAGUUGUGCAGCCAGAAUUUCCUUCCCUGAGAGGGGGGAAGAAUGGCUGCCACUCAGGAAGUGCCUCCGCCAGCAUUGGGCCUCCAUUUUUUGUACCCUUUAGAAGAAACAAUGGCACCCAGGGUGAAAAUAGAGGACCCUGGACCACCAUGCCCUGAGACCAGUUGGGAAUGGGAUGCUGCAGGGAAAGCCCCUCUCGUCGUCCAGGCUGGCACAAUCAGUGAUCUACUGAGGUGGGCCACCCCUCCCCAGGUGAGGAGCGACCCAAUACCACAGCUGUGGGAGGUUCAAUGUCAGGAGAUGGUACAAUCCCUGCGGACACCUGCCGAUGUUGUGCCAGCACCUGUUCCCGUCCCACCCCCUGCUCCUGGCUGGGGGAACCUUCAGUUACCUGAGCUGGCACCCGUAGAUGACAUUGAGGCCUAUUUGUCAACCUUUGAGCGAGCAGCAGAAACCUGUCAGUGGCCAAGAGGCGAAUGGAUGACCCGUAUCAUGCCAGCCCUCAGUGGAAAAGCCCAUCAACCUCACAAUGGCCUGGAUGCUCGGAGCAGCAGGAGUGAGCACAGAAAGUCCAAAUCUUCCGGCCUGCGAGGGGAGACAGGUGCCACCGUGGAGAUGCAACGACAGCGUUUCCGGCAGUUCCGUUAUCAGGACUCGGAAGGUCCCAGGGAGGCAUGCCGGAGAUUGCGGGAGCUCUGCCGACGCUGGCUGAAGCCUGAGAGUCGCACCAAGGAACAGAUCUUGGAGCUGUUGAUCCUUGAACAGUUCUUGACCAUCUUGCCCCAGGAGAUCCAGAGUUGGGUGUGGGAACGUGGGCCGGAGACAUGUGCCCAGGCGGUGGCUCUAGUGGAAGGUUACCAGAUGGGACGGCGAGAAGCUGGGAUGUGGGAGCAACAGGUUACAGUGCGGGUCAAAGUGGAACAGGUCAGCCCUCAAGAGAUGGUGUUGCCCACUGCACCAUGGGAACCUUCUGCCCCACUCAUGCCCCAUCCCGAAUGUGUAUCCUCAGGAGAAGUGACACUACACGAGCCUGCCCCAGGGCCUGGUCUCAAAAUGCCUUGCAUUCCCAAACAGGAGCCCCAAGGCCUUCCAGAACCAGGUGCUUUGAUGGUCAAUGGGAGUCGAGAGAACCUUCUGCAGGGCAGUUCUAUGUCAGUGGGAAUCCCAGCUGGGAAUUCCCAGGAGAACCCGUUAAUUGAGAAUCGUGGCGAGCGAGCAAGUCAGCAGUGUCAGAGCCAGUCAGCGAGACAGAGAUGCGGUGAGACAGGAGAGAACCCAGUCACUCACUCCAACCCCAUCAGAGUCCUUCACCCCCCAGGAAAGCCCCUUCAUCGGUGUUCAGAAUGUGGGAAAACAUUUAGCCGCAACUCACACCUGCUUACCCACCAGAGGAUCCACACUGGGGAAAAACCACACCAGUGCCCCCAAUGUGGCAAGCGUUUUGGUCACACCUCCCAGUUGACACGGCAUCAGAGAACCCAUGCCUCAGAGAGACCCUUUCGAUGUGCCCAGUGCAGCCGGAGUUUUUACCAAAGCUCUGAGCUGACCAGGCAUCGGCUGUCCCAUGCGAGGGAUCGCCCAUAUGGGUGCAGCCAGUGUGGGAAGAAAUUCCGAUGGAGUUCCGAUCUCAUCCGACAUCAGAUCACUCACACAGGAGAAAGACCUUAUAAGUGUCCUGAGUGUGGGAAAAAAUUUGGGCAGAACUCACACCUGGUUCGACACCGGAGAACCCACACGACUUAGCUGAGACUUUGUCCAAUGUUUCUUAGCCCCCAGAAUUCAGUUGGGGCCAAAGCAUGGGUCCAUACUCACGACCAGGCUUGGUGCCCUAAUGGGCCAGAUGACUGUUGUUCUUUCAGCGGAACAUCUGCAAAUAAGUGAUCUGUUGGGGAUGGCUUAGUUAAAAUGAAUCCUAUUUUAUGUGUGAAACAAGUCGUACAAUGUGGCAGGUUCCAGGAUCCAUUUUAGGUUCUGCCUGGACAUCCACAGCAGAGCUAGAUUUGCAUACUCAAAGAAGAAGCAAAGUCCCACUUGAGUUGACUUUCUUGAACAACACUGAACCGAUAACAUUGUGAUAGCACCAGUUGGAUGUCUCUCUUUCUAUAUCUCUCUCUCCCCAACCCCUUCUUCUCUCUUCCUCCUUCUUCCUCUUUUUAAUAGAAAAGGAGAUAGAUCUUCUAGUCCUCUAGACAGGUUUAUUGUUGCAUAACGCAGCCUGUAUUCCCUGUCCCCAAACACUAUCUUUUUAGUGAAACAAAAGCAAUGUAUUUUUAGAGAAAAUUACCAGUCUGUAUUGGCGGGGAAAGGAGUGUUUGACUUUUCAGAAUGGUGGAGAUCCCUCUUGGGAAAGCUGCUUUAAUGCUCUUUUUAAAAUUUUAUUUUGCAAAUCAAAGCUUUGAUAAACCAAGUGGACAACCUAGGGCUGCACUCCUAUGGAAAUAUGCAAAUUGGAGCCUGGAAGAGGAAGGGAGGGUGGUGAUGGUGACACUGGAUAAAGAUGUUUGAUUGAACGGGAAUUCUAGAACAGGAACUCUGCCAACACAUCUGUGCUAGGCAUUGGCAACUAACAACCAAGGGGACUGUUGACUGAGUCCAUUGGCUCUUCCAACUGAUGCCUGGGAAUUAAUCAGAGGGCUGUUCACUCCCUGCCUUUUGCACACUUUAGCUUCUUUCACCCAUAUGAAUCAAGACACAAGGGCUUUUAAAUUUCACACUACAGAGGACUUCUCCCAAGUUGUUUCCUCAUACACCUCAGCCAUUUGAUCUCUUGCACAAGCUAAGACAUGGAAAAUGUAUCGUAGUUGAUGUUCCUGAGGACAAAAAUGGGGGAAAGUGACUUUUUUGGACUACAGCUCCCAGAAACCCCCCCUAACUCUAGCCAGUGAUCACUGGGUGGGAAAAUUUUGGGAGUUGUAAUCCAAAAAUCAUUUCCCUAAGCUUUAGUCUUUAUUCUUUAUUCUUGGGAGUGAGGAGGUUUUAAAGAAACCUUUGCAAGUGGGAAUGGAUUUGUGAUGACUCAGUCCCUGUUUGCAUUGGCCAGAAUGCUCUAACUUGCCCCCAUUAACUGGCCCUCUGUUCCCACACCAUGGUGGCUGUCUACACAGGUGUCCCACUGAGCUGACCCUCACUUCUAGGGUCAGAAUGAGGCCCUGAGUGACGAGCACAUGGCUAGGCACUCAUGAUGGUGGCUGAUGUGCCAAGCAAUUCAGCAGGAUGCCCAUGCAGAUAGCCGCUGUGGCACAGGAACAAAAGGCUCUGGAUCUUCCUGGAAGAUCUGGAGUAACAGGUAACUUUUUAAAAUGUGUUUAAGGUGGGGAGAAUAUAAUCUGGCUCUGGUGUGGAAUGUGCUGGAUGUUUCCAGAUUGCUUGCACCAGAACUGGGGUUUGGUACGUUUGUUGUCCAAACAGGACACCACCUCAGUGGGGAAAAUUGGGCCUUUUGGCCUUUGCAGAUGAUCUCUUUUAAACCUUUCUUGUAGCUUCAUCCCUUUCUCAGCAUUACCCUGUUGAAAAUUCAGUGUUAAACAGAUCUAUGCCUGUAUAGGGUCACACAGUGUAUUAGAGGGUAAAAGGGAAGAACUUAAUUUUUCUGUCAAGAUCUUUCACUUGGCACCUCUAGAGCAUUGUAAAGCCCACUGUAAGGACAUAGCCACAGCACUCAUGCUGGUUAUAAGUCAACCAAGGCCAAAUUCAGUGCUCCUCAUAGAUGACCAGCAAGCCCUGGGCCUGUGGCCCUCCAGCAGAAUUUUUAAUUUUGUCUCACAGAACCCUCAGCUGGCAUGACUAAUAGCAAAGGAUUGUGGGGAUCACAGUGCUUUUACCAGAAGCAAAGGUUUCCUACCUCUGACAGGGUUUGUGUGAUGCUACAUUCAGAACAAGUUGAUCAUUUUGAAUUAUUAGCAGUGUCUUUCCUCUCCUCCCCAAAUAAACACACUCUUUGUCAAUGCAA